UAUAGGUUGGGCCCUGAACACUUUGCUUCAUGCCUAAAUCUGAAUGAUAGCAUUUAUUGUUCUAGAAGAGUUGGUCAUUUAUUCAUUUUAUAGAACUUGCAAGGAAAGUCGAAGUCAUGAAAUAGAAAAAUUCAGUUCAUUAAUUUAUGAUAACGGACACACGGACUGAAAUUUCCUGUCAAUUCCUGCUAGAAGUGAUACCAUUCCGGAGACAACUUGACACUACCACAUAUGAAGCUGUUUAUGGAAAACCUGUCCAUAACCUCGUCAAUGCUGGCAUUUUUGAUGGUCAUUGUUCUUCUCAUCUCGAUAUGUGAGGCGUUUACAACAAUCACCAGCACACAGGGGGAACCAUUCGUUGAAAAAGGACCAAGCAAUAAGACAGUUGUAAUUGGGGAAACAGUAAUUUUCUCCUGCCUUACAAGUGGAGAUCCACAACCGAGUGUCUCCUGGCAACGAGAUGGAAGAAGCAUUCACCAUCAUGGCCAUGCUACCUUUCAGGUCCUCGACAGUGGCGCCCUCAUGCUGGAAAAUGUAGGAGAAGCGGACGAAGGUGACUAUCAUUGCAUCGCUAGAAAUGACAAGGGCGUUCAGUAUUCUGAAACCGCUAGGCUGGAUGUUGAUGUUCCACCGUACAUCAAGGGUGGAAGAACCAUCUACAAUGUUACAUGGGGUUCUUUAGUGGAGUUAGUGUGCUCAACGCAGGGGGCGCCACCGCCGAGAAUUAUCUGGUUCCGAAAUGGUAAAAAGCUACCUACUAAGAAGCCAGAGUUUUUCCAUUCCAUUUUGUCCCUCACCGUUACAGAGUCUUCUUUGUUCACAUGUCAAGCAGUCAAUCGAUUAAGAAGUACCAAUCAAACGAUGUCAGACAGCAAAGAGUUUACCAUACACGUCCUUCCAAAAUCAGAACCGGAAAAGGAAAUUGGCACUGAAGAACUACGAAUUGAAGAAGAACUGGACGAAGAAAUAUUUGAUGCAAAGACCAAAGAGCCACAAGGUUAUUGCUCUCCGUACUUUGGCAAGGUGUGUAGGACAUACCUGAAUAAUUCAGGGCUUAUAUACUACAACUUUAGUGACACAACACCGGGGAUUAAUGAAGAAAUUACACGUGACUUGUGGGAAGAGCUCAUAUCUUCUUUGAUGGAACCUUGUCGCACUGCUGCUGAACAACUUUUGUGUGCUUACGCCUUCCCACAGUGUCAUCUCGUGAACAGUUUUCAAACGGGGAAAGAACUGUGUAGGGAAGAUUGUAUUGCAGUUCGGGAACUCUUUUGUUACAAUGAGUGGGCCCAGAUUGAAGAUAACAAAGAACGGGGCAUUUACUUCCAAUCUCGAGGGCAUUUCAGACUACCACAGUGUGAUUUCCUCCCCAGUCGAGGAAACUCCUCUGUUCCUCUCUGUUCUCAGGCACACUUAACGGAGUUCAAGGAGGAUGAGAUUACAACGGAGUGUAUUUAUGGAAGAGGGCGCUAUUAUCAGGGAACUGUUAAUAUUACCAAAUCAGGGAUCGCAUGUCAGAGAUGGGAAUCGCAGGAACCCCAUAAACAUCAUCGCCCUCCCAUGGUUUUUCCGGAGGUUCUAAACUCGGAAAAUUUCUGUCGAAAUGCUGGUGGUGAAGAACCAAGGCCAUGGUGCUACACAAUGGACCCAAUGGUUCGGUGGCAACACUGUGAUAUUCCUAAGUGUGCAAAUGCCACACUUGAAGACGAAAUCAAAAAUGAACUACUGGACACGUUUAAACCUCCAGAAGAACCAGUUUUUUCCCCUUCCUUUAUUCUCAUCGUGUGCGCCGUCAGUAUUGCAGGCUUGGCCAUUAUCCUGGUCAUAAUCCUCUGUUGUCGGCGACUCCACAAGUUCCACAAAGGCUACAAUGCCACACCUACAGCUGACGUUGAGAUUGACUUAGACAAACUUCCAUCCAAUAUGUCUUAUCAUAAAACAAACGUACAGUUGAAUCCUAAAUUGGAGACACUAGAAUACCCUCGUAACGACAUCAUCUAUAUCCGGGACAUUGGGCAGGGAGCCUUUGGGCGGGUCUUUCAGGCCAAGGCUCCGGGUCUGGUUAAGGGGGAAGAAUUUACUAUGAUUGCUGUUAAGAUGCUUAAGGAGGAAGCUGCAGAAGAUCUUCAAACAGAUUUUGAACGAGAAGCAUGCCUAUUGGCUGACUUUGACCACCCCAAUAUUGUCAAGCUACUGGGUGUCUGUGCCAUUGGUAAACCAAUGUGCUUGCUGUUUGAAUUCAUGGGAAAAGGUGAUUUGAAUGAAUUCCUUAGAUCUUGUGCCCCAAGUAACUACAUUGUUCGGACUCCAAAUGGUGACAUGUUUAGUGAUGUUAGACUUUGUCAUCUCGACCUUGUAAGUCUUGCAAAACAGAUCGCUGCAGGGAUGGUUUACUUAUCUGGCAGGAAAUUCGUGCAUCGAGAUCUGGCUACGAGGAAUUGUCUAGUCAGUGAUGAAAUGGUUGUAAAAAUUUCAGACUUUGGACUCUCACAGAAAAUUUACACCACUAACUACUACAAGGGUAACGAGCACGAUGCUAUUCCAAUCAGGUGGAUGCCUAUAGAGUCUAUUCUUUACAAUAAAUUCACGGUAGAGUCUGACGUCUGGGCUUUUGGGGUGGUAUUGUGGGAGAUUUUUUCCUUCGCUCUUCAGCCUUAUUAUGGUUUGACCCACGAGGAAGUGGUCAAGUAUGUUCAGGACGGUAAUAUUUUGUCCUGUCCGGACAACACUCCUCCAUCUAUCUACAACCUAAUGAAGAAUUGUUGGACCAAAAAGCCCAGCAACAGACCUUCUUUCAAGUUCAUAUACAAAUCACUGACGGCUAUCCAUGAUGAUUUGUCCAAAUACCAAGAUACAGUUCCAAAGGCUCAUGUUUAAAGACAAAGAAAGUUUAUAUUUCCAAGUUUUAUCAUAAUUUAUUGCUCACAUUGAUAGUAAAGUUAGGUACACGUUCGACACUUCUGCCAAUAUUUAGAUAUAAAAGUAAGAAUUGUGUGAUUGUGGUUCUUCAGCCAUAUAUUAGAAGUCUAAUGUUCAACAUCGUAGUAAAGCAAAUUAACUGUUCUGUGUUGGAUACAAAGCUUCAUUAUAUUCUGUUAUAGUUUUGGGCACAGACCUGAACAGGAACACCAGCAUUGACCUAAAGUUGCGUAACGUCGUCACCUUCAAGAUUCGAUCAUUUUAUCCAGAGGUACU